AUGGUGACCCAACGCCGAUACUCAGUCACGGGCCAGACUCCUCCGGACGAUGCCGAAGCCAUGAAGGCCCGCUCUCCGAAGUUGCAGCCUCUCGACACCAGCGUGCAAACUCCGCCGUGCGGCUACUGUGACGGCGGAGCGGACCAGUGUACCGCUGCUGAGGAUAGCGGAGCGGAGCAGCGGAGAGGAAGGACCAUGGGACAGACGGGUACCAUUGUGCGCACGUCGAGCAAGCGAUCCGCUACCCAGCUGCCUUCACCCAACUCACCCUCGCAUCAGCUGCCGCCCAAGAUUCCGCGAUAUAGACUAGAGCAUAGUGAGCAUGUGCAUAUGGACAUGGACAUGGACUCUGAAUCAGACACGGAUUCCGAUGUCACAGACGUCUUGGGCGAUGCCAGCGAGCCAGAUGAUCUCGGUUUCGAGAGUCAGGCAACAUCCGUUCCCUCGACGCCUGAGUACUCGCUUGAGGGCAGCGUGCUAAGCCUGCCUGAUGCUACGCGCUUGGAGGGCCUGCAGCUGUACGCGGAAGAACGACCGGAUGACGAACACAUGGAUGACUACGCUCUUUCGCCCUCACACUCGAGGAACCACAGCCUCGAUCGUCUCCAUACCAACGGGUCGAGUGAGGUGCAGGUGGAUUGGGCUGCACACAUUGCCCUGCAUCAAGCAAAGUCGGAAGCACUUCAUAUUGAAAACAUCGAACCACCGUCCAGCGAACCACCAUCCACCCAAGCCAUCACCCCACCCCCGACCGACACCACCCAUGCCCCCCUCACCUUUGUCACCCUCCCACCCGAGAUCCGCCAUCAGAUCUACCGCAACUGCGAAAACCUCGUCAUCGACAAACCCCUCGUAUACUGCAUUUCCACCUUUGACGGCGAAAUGCAACACGCCCUCGCUUCUGUAUCUCGCCUCGUCCGCUCCGAAGCCCUCGCCAUAUUCUACAGCUACAAUCUCUGGGUCAUAAAGGUCGAGUUCAAGAUGAUGUACGAAGCCUUCCAAGACUGGAUCAUCCGACUUGGCGAUGGUGCUGGUCUGCUGCGGCUGAUUAGCUUCUCGGUUCGCGGUUCGCUGUUCAAGCCCAAGAGGAGCCAUUCGCAAAGCGUGCUAGUACACGGACAUCUUGUGCAGCUCAACCCUGGCGUGAUUAACCCCGUAGCCGUAUCACGAGAAGAGCUCUACUGUCCCCCUGAUGGCGAUGCUAGCUUCAAGAUCGAUCUCAGCGAAAAGUACGCCGGCGGCAAGGUACAACUUGUUAGGAACGACGGGACGAAAGAGGCGGGUGAAAAGGCUCGACUCUGCUUGAGCAAGAUGGUUGAAAAUCUCUGGGAGAAGAGAAGAGCAGGCACACUGAAUGGUCAGGACUGGAUUACAAUGGUCGACAGCUUCAUCACUUUCAUCGGUGGGUGGUAA